AUGGAUUAAAAUAAAAGCAUUCCAGAAGAAAGGUAUUAGUUGGAGAUCUUUGUGAAAGCCAAGAAUCUGAAGGACAUGGACACCUUCUCAAAAAGUGAUCCUUUUUGCAGACUUUUGCAUACAAUUUAAGGAGAAAAGGAAAAGUGCGAAGGAGAUACUGAGUUUCUGAAGAACAAUCUCAAUCCAUGUUGGGAAAAGAGCUUUGUCAUAGAUUACAUCUUUGAAUUGAACCAAAAACUAGUUUUUCAAGUUUGGGAUAAGAACUAAUCUGCUGGAUCCGACGAUUUGUUGAUGGGGGAGAUUCAGACAACAGUAGCAGAUAUUGUGGGAGCAAAAGACAUGAAGUGUGAAUUCGAAUUGAAAGGUAAGAAAGGACAAACUGUUGGUACUCUGAUAGUAAAUAUUGACAAGUAGCCAGAAGAUAAUCAAUUUUUGUAGUUGACUUGGAUAGGAAAAGAAUUGAUGAAGUAAGAAUUUGAAUAUUGAUAAUCUAGUACCGAUGGUUUCUUUGGCAAGAGUGAUCCAUUCCUUAAAUUCUUUAAAAAAGUUGGAGAUGACUGGUUACCUGUUCAUAAAACAGAGAUGAUAAAGGACAAUCUAAAUCCUGAAUGGAAAUCAUUUUAGAUAUCUUUUAGAAGAUUGAGUGGAGGCAAAUUGGAAUAGAAGUUCAAGGUGGAAUGUUGGGAUGUUCAUGAAAAGGGUACAAAUAAUCAAUACAUGGGGCAUUUUGAAACUUCAAUCCAUGAAUUAAUCAAUGAUAAUAAAAGUGAAUUCAAUUUGGAAUAUCAAGCCAAUAAAUCUGGAGGUAAGAUUAUUUUGAAAGAGAAGAAGGUCAUAAAGAGACCUACAUUUAUGGACUUCUUGAGAGAUGGAGAAUAGAUCAAUUUAAUCAUAGGAGUAGAUUAUACAGCUUAGAAUGGUAAUCCCAAUUUCCCAGAUUCAUUACAUGCUUUCAAGACCUAAAAUGGCAAUCCAUAUGAAACUGCCAUUAGAGCAUGUGCAUAAGUCUUAUUGAAUUACGAUUACGAUAAGAAAGUAGCAAUGUAUGGUUUCGGUGCUGUUCCUCAUCUACCAAAUUACAAUGUUAAUGAAACAGAACAAUGGUAUCUAUUCCAGUAACACAAUUAGUUUCCCAUUAACAGGUGAUUUCUAAAAGCCAGAGGUAUAUGGUUUGGAGGGACUCAUAAAUUUAUACAAAUAAACCUUACCCAAUUUACAGUUUUCUGGACCUGGUUGUCUAGGAGAAAUCUUGAAUUACUCCAAAUAGAUAGCUGAAUUCAAUGCUAAGAAGAAGAUCUAUACCGUUCUUUUGAUAUUGACUUGUGGAUAAAUCCAUGAUUUGCAUCAAAGUACAGAAAUUAUUUCUUAAUGUAUAUGAGAUCAUAACUAACAAUAGGUGCUAAUGUUCCAAUGUCAGUUAUUUUGGUGGGAGUGGGAGACUUCGAUUUCAAAAAACUUGAAAUCUUAGACUAAGAUUAGAAGCAAUUACAAAAGGAGGUCUUGACAAGGAAUGUCGUUUAAUUUGUUCCGUUUGCUUCUUUUUCUCAUAGUUUACCUAUUUUAUAACGGGAAUUGCUUGCUGAACUUCCUCAUCAAUUGACAGACUAUAAAUCCCUAUUAGGUUUAGUACCAAGCAAAUGAUGGAAAAUGUAUC